AGAUGGGUGCUGAGAUAUACGACCCUAGAUUGUAUAUCGACCCUGGCCCAAGGGAUCGAAGGUAUUUAACCGGGCAAGAUCAACAUCGCUCUCGUUCAAUUUGGAACAAUAAUCCGGAAUCACUUAUUCCCAUCAGUCAUCGAGGUACAUGUCGAUUGCCCCCUUGGCAUCCUCGACUGCAUCCCUAUCUAGAGAGGGCGGGAUUGCACAAUUUGAGG